UUCCCGCUAUAGCGCGAGCGCGAUCGUUUCGCGCUUUGCGAUAGUCUCACAGUUCCAACGGAGCCAAAGUCUAGGAAAGACAUUCGAUGGCAUCGUACCUCAGUCCCAGCACUUCUUGCUGAGACACCAACACCGCCAAACACGUUGGGGAUUUUUUUUUCUUGUGCGGUUUUUUCCCCAGUGAGUGAUCAAAGGUGAUCGCAGAAGUGAUCCUCCUACAUAAAGGACAGUUUGUGGAGUGAUUAAUCAGCAGGAGAGACAAGAGAAUAUUUUGCAAUUAAUUGCAGUUUAUGUGAAUGUGAUGAAGUGUUGUGUCGUUGGAGGAGGAUUUAAUAAGAAAUCAUGAAUAAUAACAACAAUCAAUUCAAGCCGAGCCUCGAGGAUGCGGAGAAGGGUCACGCAGCGCCCCCACCUGCGACCGAGCGCAACGUAGCACGGAGGGGCUCAGCAGCGAGUGAGGUGGGAAAGCAGCGCGCAGUCUAUUGCCGCGUCGCGAUCAUUGCGGUUGGUUUUGUGUGUCUUGUGGCGAUCGUGACGCUCCUGUGGUACUUCAUGGGUUGGAUCUGGGGACUCCAGGCACUCCUCGUAGCCGCCUUGGUGGCCUUCGCGGCUAGUGGGGCAUGGCGAUGGUUCUACGUUGCAGCCGUUACAGCUCCUCGUGAUGUCAAAGCACUUUUCCGGUAUAUUCGACUAUUGUGGCUGGUCAAGAAACUCCAACGUCGCAAUGCUACCAUUGCGGACGUCUUUGCGGAGCAUGUGGCGAAAACACCCGACAAGACAUGCUUCAUCUUCGAGGGGCGCGAAUGGACAUUCCGUGAGGUGGAGGACUUUUCAAAUCGCAUCGCCAGCGUCUUCCAUGGGCACGGCUACAAAGGGGGUGACGUCGUGGGGCUCCUACUUGAGAAUCGUCCCGAAUUCGUUGCCACAUGGCUGGGACUUUCACGCCUGGGCAUCAUUGUGCCGCUAAUUAAUCACAAUCUACGGCAGGCAUCGCUACUGCACAGCAUCACUGUUGCCAAGUGCAAUGCCCUCAUCUUUGGGGAGUCACUAAUUGAAGCUGUUGAAGAAAUCCUCCCCACAAUCCCAUCAUCGGUGUCGCUGUACCAAUUCAAUGAUGCUGUCAAUGGAAAAUGCCAGGCAACAGCUAAGGAUCUCACGAGUCUCAUGAUGAGCGCCUCGAAGGAUGCCCCGAAAGCACAAAAGCCCAAUCAUCACGAUCAAUUGCUGUACAUUUAUACGUCCGGUACGACGGGCUUGCCCAAGGCGGCUGUUAUUACGCACUCACGAUACAUCUUCAUCUGCUCCGCCAUUCACUACCUGGCCAACUUCCGGAGUGAUGAUAUUUUCUACACACCACUACCGCUGUAUCACACAGCUGGGGGCGUCAUGAAUGCCGGGCAGGCGAUCCUUUUCGGGGCAACUGUUGUGAUCAGGAAGAAAUUCUCCGCGAGUGGGUACUUCCCGGAUUGUCAGAAGUACAAGUGCACCGUGGCACAGUACAUUGGUGAGAUGUGUCGCUACGUCCUUGCCACGCCACCAUCGUCAUCCGAUCGGGCGCAUAACUUACGCCUGGUCUUCGGGAAUGGACUUCGACCGCAGAUUUGGCCGCAAUUCGUGGAGCGAUUCGGUAUUCCGCGAGUGGCUGAAUUCUACGGGGCAACCGAGGGGAAUGCCAACAUCGUGAAUAUUGACAACACUGUGGGUGCUAUUGGUUUUGUCUCCCGCAUCAUCCCAUCCGUCUACCCGAUUUCCAUCAUUCGUGCCGAUCCGGCCACUGGGGAACCCAUCCGGGGACGCAAUGGCCUCUGCCAGUUGUGCAAAGCAAACGAGCCUGGAGUUUUCAUUGGGAAAAUCCUCCCAGGGAAUCCAUCGCGUGCCUUCCUGGGGUACGUGGACAAGAAGGCGUCUGACAAGAAGAUUGUAAAGGAUGUCUUCAAAAAGGGGGACAGCGCCUUCCUAUCAGGCGAUCUCCUCAUUGCCGACGAAUGGGGUAAUUUAUUCUUCAAAGAUCGCACAGGUGACACAUUCCGCUGGAAGGGUGAGAAUGUCAGCACGAGCGAAGUGGAGGCACAAGUAAGCAAUAUGGCCGGCUACAGGGAUGCCGUUGUGUACGGCGUGGAAAUCCCCAAUAUGGAGGGACGUGCCGGUAUGGCGGCAAUCCUUGAUCCAGAUCGCAAAGUUGACCUCACAGCUCUUGCCGAGGGGCUCCGAAAAGCCCUCCCAACGUACGCGAGGCCCCAAUUUGUGCGCCUCCUCACCAAAGUCGACAUGACAGGGACGUAUAAACUGAAGAAGCUCGAUCUGCAAAAUGAUGGCUUCAAUCCUGAAAAUAUCACCGAUUCCCUGUUCUACCUCACGCCUAAGGGGCACUACGAGGAGCUAACGCAGGACAUUUAUGCCAAAAUUUGUUCUGGAGAAAUUAGAUUGUAAAUGAAAAAAAAAAAAAACAGCGCCCCCGCUCCCCCCUUGACUAUGUAGGAACAAAUGUGUGUGAGGGAUGCUUCCCUCGCCCCCCUCCCACACCCCCAACUAGGUGUACUUCUUUUUUACGUGUGAUACAAAAAAUAUAUCCUACUAUAUAUUACCUAAAUUUUUUUUGUUAGUGUACAUAAUUCUGUUUUAUGUCUCUUUAUUAUUAUAAAAAAAAAUUAACAUUAAGACACUGAUUUUAAAUGGUUGAAGUUUAUACAAUGAGUUGUUAAGGAGGAAGGAGAGAGAAUUUGUUAUACAUUUUGUAAUAAAAAAAAAUAGAAAAAAAGAAA